AUGUCUGCCCCUAUUCCUGCAUGCUAUUCAGAUAUUGGUAAAUCUGCCAGUGAUCUAUUAGGCAAAGACUAUCCAGUCGGUGUCUUCAAACUUGAGACCAAAAACGCAGCUCCUAACGGUGUGUCUUUUACCCUCUCCGGACAAAAAAACUCAAAAAGUGGUGACAUAAAUGGUGAAUUUAAAAGCAAGUAUCACUACCCUAAGAAAGGUAUUACACUUACAGAAACUUGGACAACAAACAACCAUUUAAGUGCCCAAGUAGAACUAGAAAAUAGCCUCGCAAAAGGCUUAAAAUUGGACAUGACCGCAUAUAUCCAACCACAACAUGGAAAUAAGAACGUCAAGGGAGGCUUAAUUUUUAAACAACCGGGUUUUCACACAAAGCUCUAUGUUGAUGUUCUUAAGGGACCUAAUUUUCAAGGUGAUGUUGUAAUUGGUCACGAAGGAUUCCUUAUGGGUGGUGAAGCAUGUUAUGAUCUUACGGAUGGCAAAGUUACUCGCUACGGUGUUUCUGCGGGUUAUACAGCUCCUGAAUACAAUGUCACUCUUAAAGCAACCAAUUCUAUGUCUGCUUAUACCCUUCUAUACUAUCAUCGUGUACAUCCUGAUAUUGAAGCUGGUGCAAAAGCUCAAUGGGAUACCGCUUCAAGCAGUGAUAGUGUUAACAUGGAAAUUGGUGCUAAAUAUUUUUUAGAUCGCGAUGCAUUUGUAAAAGCUAAAAUUGAUAAUAAUGGUCGUUUGGGUCUUGGAUACACACAAGCACUUCGUCCGGGCGUUAAGAUCUCUCUUGGUGGUAGCAUUGAUACAUCCAAGAUGGGUGAAAAUAAUCAUCGAUUUGGAGUCUCUCUUAAUUUAGAAUCCUAA